AUGGCAUGCGAUCGGGUGGUUUACAGAUCCUUCGAUGUUGGCGAGACGACAGGAAAGAGCCGACACCUAACUGGUCGCGUUUGCCCUUUCUGUGUUCCCGCGUCGUCUGUCGACUCACCAUCGAAUUCCUUAGUGCAGAAACUCGCCACCGGCGCGAAUUCGCUCGCAACGAGGAGAUCCAAAUCGUCCAGAGCGAGUUUAGACCGCGUGCUCGCCUUCAAACGCGCUGCCACCAGCCUCAGGCGAAUUCAUGCCAAACGCAAUCGGCACAACUGCAGUCUUCCGCUUAUGCGAGACGUGAUUGUACACUACUUUGAGCGUCAACCGGUGGCGGGUCAGGCCGAAAUUUACCGCGUGGACAGGGCUGUCGCAGCACUCUACGGUUCUGGCAUCGGUGAGAGAAUAAAAGACGAGACCGCUGGUGGCCCCUCCAAACGCUCCCGACUAACCACCCCAUCCGAUUUCCACUCGUGGCCCUUGAGACUUCAACGGGCUCUGACGAAUGUUCCUCUUCCC